AUGACAUUGGAGAACCACAAGAAUGAUAAAACAUUAGCCAUUGAAGUUAAUGACCUCACAUACGAAUUCCCACGCGGGAAUAAUAACAACAACAAUACCCCCAAGAUUGGGUUACAAGACAUCCUGCUUCAAAUACCAUGGGGCACGACAAACUUGAUAAUUGGACCCAAUGGAGCUGGUAAAUCAACGUUAUUACGUAUAUUGGCGGGCAAGACACUAAUCAAAAAAGGGAAAUUGAAAAUUGGUGGAUUUGAUCCAUUUGAAUUCUCCACUACAACAUUAUCGACCUCAUCUACUGGUGAACAGCGUCAUCAUAAUGCCGAUAUCAACAACUACAUUACAUAUUUAGGAACUGAAUGGAUCACAAAUUCAGUCAUUAAACGAGAUAUUCCGGUAAAUUUACUUAUUUCAUCCGUAGGAGGUGAUGUUUAUACCGAUAGGAGGAAUUUACUAAUUGAUAUAUUGGACAUUGAUCCUUCAUGGUCAAUGAUUAAUUUAUCUGAUGGAGAAAGGAGACGAGUACAAAUUGCUAUGGGAUUAAUCAAACCGUGGAAAUUGCUUUUACUUGAUGAAGUGACGAUUGAUUUGGAUGUUGUUGUACGACUGAAGUUGUUGAGUUAUUUGAAGCUGGAAUGUAUUGAGCGUAAUUGUACUACUGUUUAUGCUACGCAUAUUUUCGAUGGGUUGGGUAAUACAUGGUGUGAUCGGUUGUUGCAUAUUGAUUCUGGGUUAUUGUUGAAUGAUAUCAAGAUGGAUCAGGUUGAAUUUAGCAACAAUGAAGUUAAAGGUGAAGGUGAAGAGGUUGCUAUUGGGCAAGAUAAGAUUGUUAUUAACAAAUCUAAUACUUUACAUCCAUUGGCAUUGUUUUGGUUAUCGCAAGAUUUACAGAGACGUGGUCUGAGACAAGAUGAACAGGAGAAAUUGCGCAAGAGACAUAAUGAUUGGAUCAAUUCACGAGAUGGGUCGUAUUUCGAUGCUAGUGAUGAUAAAUUAAAGCAGUAUUUCAAAACUACUCGAAGUGAGAGGUAA